AUGAAUACACCAGAUUUCUCUCUUACCUGCAGUCGAGCAGCUCCUUCAGCUGAGUUCUCAGUGGACCGAACACGUCACCUAAUGUCCUUUCUGACCAUGCUGGGUCCCAGUCCUGACUGGAACGUGGGUCUGUCAUCAGAGGACCUCUGCACCAGAGAGUGUGGCUGGGUCCAGAAGGUGGUUCAGGACCUCAUUCCAUGGGAUGCGGGUACAGACAGUGGGGUCACUUACGAGUCUCCCAACAAGCCUGCAACACCUCAGGAGAAAAUUCGUCCCCUCACAAGUUUAGACCAUCCACAGAGCCCUUUCUACGACCCAGAGGGUGGCGCAAUCACUCCUGUGGCUAGAGUUGUGGUAGAAAGAAUUGCUCGCAAGGGUGAGCAGUGCAACAUUGUGCCGGAUAAUGUGGACGACAUUGUGGCUGACAUUGCCCAGGAGGAAAAAGAAGAAGAUGACACUCCAGAGACAUGUAUCUACUCCAACUGGUCUCCGUGGUCCGCGUGCAGCUCCUCGACAUGUGAGAAGGGGAAAAGGAUGAGGCAGAGGAUGCUGAAGGCACAGCUGGAUCUCAGUGUGCCCUGUCCGCAUACUCAAGACUUUGAGCCGUGCAUGGGGCCCGGCUGCAGUGAUGAGGAUGCUUCCACGUGCAUGAUGUCGGAAUGGAUCACAUGGUCACCAUGCAGUAUGUCUUGUGGAGCAGGUGUGCGUUCUAGGGAGCGCUAUGUAAAACAGUUUCCAGAUGAUGGCUUUGCUUGCACUCAUCCCACUGAAGAGACAGAGCCAUGCACUGUCAAUGAGGACUGCUCUCCAAGCAGUUGCUUGGUUACUGAAUGGGGUGAAUGGGAUGCAUGCAGCGCCACCUGUGGGCUUGGCAUGAAAAGACGGGAGCGGAUGGUGAAAAUGCCCCCAUCUGAUGGCUCCAUUUGUGGGGCUGAGGUGGUGGAAGUGGAGAAGUGUAUGAUGCCAGAAUGCCAUACAAUCCCAUGUUUACUGUCCCCCUGGUCGGACUGGAGCGAUUGCAGUGUGACGUGUGGUAAAGGCACACGGAUGCGUCAGCGUAUGCUCAAAUCACCUGCAGAGUUGGGAGAAUGCAAUGAGGAGCUGGAACAGAUGGAGAAAUGCAUGCUGCCAGAGUGUCCGAUGGAUUGUGUGAUGACAGAGUGGUCCGAGUGGUCAGAGUGCAGUAAAUCCUGUGGGAAGGGUCACUUGAUCCGCACACGCAUGAUCACUCUGGAUGCUCAGUUUGGUGGGGAUCCGUGCCCCGAGACCACACAGAGAAAAACAUGCAAGAUCAAGAAGUGUAAUCAAGGAGGCAUAAACAGUGAAGAGAGGAAGAGGCGCAAGGAAGACCGUAAGAAGAGGAGGAACAAACAGGGAAGGGAGGAGAGUGCCGAUGACCUCGCAGGAUGCAAAAUGAAGCCGUGGUCUGCAUGGACUGACUGUACCAAGCUGUGUGGUGGGGGAAUCCAGGAGCGUUUAAUGACUGCCAAGAAGAGAUACAAGAAUGCACAACUAACUAGCUGUAAAGACCGAAAGGAGAUACGGGCCUGCAAUGUCCAUCCCUGCUAGGGCAGUAUUUGAGUGGGCUUGCGUGAUGGGACCCAAACUAGAUUAUGAACAGACUGUCACACACUGUCUUGCAGUUAUUUAAUGCACUCUGUUUGGGAUUGGAAAACUGCAAAAGGUAGUCUGUAAUUUUUACUUUUAUUUUCUAGAAUUUAUAGUGACCCAGGCAUUAUCUAGCCUGUAAAGGAAUAGGAAACCAAGAGGGAAGGUGCUCAGAGUUGCAAUGUACUGUACAAAUUUGGAUGUAUUAAUAUGCAUUAGUAUUUGAGAGUAACAGUCCUCUAUCGAACUUUGAAGAGGGAGUUCUUUUGAAUAUUGAUUUUUUCCAUGGAGUAUCAAAGAUUAAUGUGUUCUGACAUGAAAUUCAAAACAAAUUUCUCCUUUUAUACUCUGUGAUCCAAACACUCACACAUAAAAAAGAAACACUGACAGCUACCCAUGUUCACUUUUACCCUAUAAUCAAAAUGAUCAGAGGAGCUACAUUUAGAUGCAUGCAAACCAUUCAUUCAGGAUAUCUGAAAUGUUGUGGCCAUAAAUAUCUAGUUUUUUUUUUUUUUUUUUUAUUAUUGCUUUGUAGCCUGUGAAUGCUAAUUUUAGACAAAAAAAUUCAGAUGGCACUUAGAGGCUUUUGCAUAUGAACUAGGUAUUAGUAUGUAACAUUUUAGGUACAACAAAAUAUACAAAAACUGAACAAAAUCCUACAUUUGUGCAUUUUAAUAGACACUGCAAUGUACAAUAUGGGCAUAUUAACAACAUCUAAACUGUAAACACGGUAACAUAUUUACACAUACAGAAGUGUGACAUAAUUUCAAAUAUUUUAUCAUAACUAUAUUUGUAUAGUUAAAUUUUUACCAUUUCAUUUAUGUUUUAGAUUCCUUGACCUACCACAAACCUAAUCGUAUGUAUGAAACAUAAAAAAGGCAGCACCAAAGCAGCCCACAUGUCUAAUGUGUUUCUCUGUUUCUUGCUGAAAAUCACAUUCCAAUAUAUUUAAGGCACACAUAUUUUGUUCAAAUGCAUAUAUUUUAAGGUUUAAAGUUUUUUUUUUUUUUUUUUUUUUUUUUUUACUUUAUUUAAUGCGAUUUAAAACAUAAUCUGAUCAUAAAUACAAAAUCUAACAAUUAAUUACAUACAUUCAAUAGUCCUAAUUAAGUAUUUAUAGACAUGCUUUUAUACAAAGUUUUUCAUAUGUAAAUAUUUUGAUUUAGAUGCUAUUAAUACAUCAGUAUUGUACAUUUUAUUUUAUGUGCAAAUGGUAGAUCCACACUUUGCAGUAAUUUAAGUAAAAAUACUCACGAGAUGAUGUUAACAUACUGCACAAUUUAUUACAAAAUUGUUUACUUGCAUCUAAAGAGGGCUAUUCUGCUUUGACAUCCUCAGUAAAUUUAGCUUUUUAUUUUAUUUAGCGUUUCAAUAUAAAGUGGUCCAAAAAGUGUUUUGACACCCAGAGUCAUACUUGAAAUGAAUGAUUUUUCAUUGCACUGGAAAAUACAAUUUCAAACCAAAUGGCAUCUGAAAACGAAUGUCAGAGAAAUACAAGUACUCACAAGUAGCAGAGCAAACUUUUUUUUUUUUUUCAAUUUUAAUCCUGAAAAAAAAAAAAAUUGCUUUUACAAAGGUUUGUUUAUGUGUGUGUGUGUGUGUGUGUGUGUGUGUAACAGUAACAACCAUACAUUUAAAGUAUGCUUACACAGUCUUGAUGUUUUGGGGGAAUAUCACAACGCUAAAUAUUACUUACAAAUAGAGAGGAGAAAAAUAUUAACAUGAGUUGUCGGAAACAGAUCUUUGGAUUUCAAAGCAAACUUCCUUUCAGCAUAACCUUUAUGCAUUACAAGAGAAGGGAAGCUCAUUCAAUAUUCCAGUCAGUAUGAUGUACAGGUAAUAUAUGCAGUUAGGUCAAAAUAAAUAAAUAAAUAAAAAACCUUCCAAGACCUAGUCAUCUAUACUUCUAUACUUUGCCCGUAUAUUUGGCCUUUUAUAAAUCAGGCCCUAGCUGGUAUAUCGUUUGAUUUUUAAUAUGUUCUUUGCCCAGAAGUAUUGCCAUGUUUGCAAACCAGCUUUUACAUGAUAACUGUAAAAUAGUUUUGGGGAAAAUAUAAUAUUCUUGAGUAAAGAUUAUGGCCAUAAGCCAGUUAAAAUAAUUGAUGGAUCUGUUGUCUUCUGUGAUGAUUUCUGGUGCAAUUUUAGACUAAAAGCACAUAUAAUCAGCCAUUCCAGGAUUUUGUAUGUCUCGUGUGAAAUGAAUGCUGUCUAUGGUCCAAUGAUCUGUUAUGAUUUUGUUCCUCGCUGUAAGACAUGUAGACAGCGUUUAACUGAAAUGUGUUAAUUUGUUGGAUUUUGAUUUACUUUGGUUUUAUCAACCCUUUCUGAUAAUGGUCUUUUUUAUAAGAAAUUAUUCUUACCAAAGUCUUGCAUAGAUGUUUUGUAGUUGUCUCUCUUCCUUGUUGCUCCUCUGAUUCAUGAUCUAUGAUUCAUACUUUUUAAAUAUUUAACCUUUACAA